AUGCGGGCGCGGCUGGAAGCUGCGGCAGGCUCGGUCCCCCCUGUCACUCGGGGCUUGAUCGGCACCCUGAUAUCCGGCUACCUCAUACAGCUCAUCUUCCCAGCCGCCAAAACGCACCUGGGCCUUGUGCUCCUGACGAGCCUCGCCGCGGCUGCCGUGCUCGGCCGAGCCGUCGAGGGCCAGCUGGGCGGGCGGGAGACCCUCGUGACCCUGUGCAGCGCCUUGGUCGGCGCCAGCCUGUGUGCCUGGGUCUGGGUCACAGCCACCUUUGCCGUGGCGGUGUCCACCUCCAGCACGGCCGCCGCGCGGGCGGGGGACGCCCUGUACGACCCCAUCCUCGGCUUCCACGGCGCAACGGCCGCGCUGCUGGUGGCCCUCAAGCAGGUGGUCCCGGAGAAUGAGGUCACGCUCUUCUCCCACUUCUCCUUCCGCUUCAAGUAUCUGCCGAGCCUGUUCGUGCUGGUGGCCGCGGUGUUCGGCGUGCUGACGGGGCGCACGCUGCGCACGCUGCCCUUUGUCGUCGGCGGCACCCUCGCCUCCUGGGCCUACCUGCGCUUUGUGCAGCCCCAGGCCGGCUCGGGCCGCGGCACGCCGGGCGCCGACUUCUCGUUCGCCUCCUUCUUCCCCGAGCCUGUUGCGCCCCUGGCUGAGCAGCUCGCGGUCCUCUGCUCGCGCCUGACCGGCCUGCGUGCUGCGGAGCGCAGCGUGCCGAGUGUGGGGUCAGGACUCGGCUUGGGAGGGGCGGUGCUGCCGGGCACGGGAGCGGCCGACGCCGCACGACGAAGCUUUGUGGACCUGGCUCGUCAGAAGCAGGCUGGCAACCCAGAGUACGGCUUCCUGACUGGUGGUGACGGAGCGGCAUUUUUCACCUGGCGACUCUUUGCGGCCGUCAACCACCUCCCGGCCGAUCAGCCCCUUGCUGCCGGAUGGGCGCAGGUCCUGGCUGCGCUCUCCGGGUCGCAUACCUCCAUCCGUGCCAGCCAGGAGUGGUUCAUGGCGUGCCGGCAGCACGCCCAGGGCAUGGCGGAGAUGAUGCUGCAGGCAUCCAAGGCCACACAGGAAGCUGCCAAGCAGCUGCACCUCCUGUACCUCGCGAACGACGUCCUGUUCAAGGCGCUGCCCUCCCGCCCCACCGGCUCCACGCCCGAGGCCGACGCCGUCGCCGAGGCCUUUUGUCCCCGGCUGGGCACCAUGCUACGGCAUGCCUUCCUGGCAGGCGGCCAGACAGACGAGGCCCAGGCCCCCCUGCUCAAGAUGGUCAACCACUGGGCUGAGAAGCGCAUCUACAGCCAGGCCACGAUAGAAAGGAUGACCAUGGAGCUGCUGGGGGCUGCCGCCAAUGGCCGCACAGCCACCGGCGCCUGGGUAUCUGGGCGCCCACCCCCCGCCCAUGUGCAGGCGGCGCCGCUGGCGGAGCCGGAGCCGCCUGGGUUUGACCCCAUGUCCUUCCCGCCAGGCUUGAUACCCAAACUGGUGGAGGAGAGCCUGAAGGUUGACCCGCCCUACUCCCCGCUCACCAUCCGGGCGGUCAGCGAGGCCGGGGUGCCGCCGCCGCCCCAGGUGGAUGUGUACCUGUCCGCCCGCCUGGACAAGUUCUACGCCCAGAUUGCGGAUUACCGGCCCAGCAUGCAAUUUGUGGACCUGGAGACGGAGCCGCCCCGGCGGCGGACCUUUGUGGACCGAGGGACAGAGGAAAGGGUGCACCGGACCACGCCUGCAGAGCCGUCCGAGCAGAAGGUGGACGUCUUCAACAAGUAUCGCAGCAUGCUGUCCGGUGCCUACUUUGAGCAGAUCCACCGCUCCCUGGCCAAGAGGGGGGGCUGA